CAGAUCAUUUGCUUAUUAUAAUGGCGUUAAGGGUGGUCACGCUUGUAGCUUUGUUAGCAACUUCUUCAAUCAUUCUAAGUUACAAUGGAGUUUACGGAGGAAGAACUACCCUCACCAUGGAAGAAGAAGAUGUUGAGUUGGAGAGACAACUCAAACGUAUGAACAAGCCUGCAGUCAAGAGUAUCAAGACGGAUAAUGGCGAAACAUAUGAUUGUGUUGAUUUCUACAAACAACCAGCCUUCGACAACCCAUUACUCAAGAACCACAUACCCGAGAUGAGUUCUUCGGUUCAAAGAGAGACUCCUAAAGAAGUUUUUUCUGGAGCAGAACAGCCUGAUCUCCGACUCGAUGGAGGGGGUUGCCCAUUAGGAACAGUUCCAAUUAGGAGGACGACAAAAGAAGAUCUAAUAAGGUGGAAAUCCUACUCAAAACCUUCCGGAAAUUUUCAUCAAUUCUUAAAUAUGGCCCCUGGUUACAAAGCAGAUGACUCUCAAAGGACUGGCUGCUUCAAUGCUAUAUGCAAUGGUUUUAUCCAAGUUAACAGAGAAGUACCCAUUGGUGUAGCUUUUCCCAAAACUUCUACCUAUGGUGGUGAAAUACUUGACCUGGCAACCUAUCUUUUCCAGGAUCAUAACAGUGGAAAUUGGUGGGUAUCAGCUGGACUAAACAUCACUAAUAUUGGGUAUUGGCCAAGAGAAUUAUUCAAUAGUAUAAAAGAAUCCGCUCCUGUGGUUGGUUGGAGAGCGGAGGUUUAUGCUCCCCAAGGUGAAAAAACUCCUCCAAUGGGGACUGGACGGUAUAGAUAUAGAUUUCCAUAUGAUCGUUAUCCAGAUUACAAAACUACUGCGUAUUUCAGAGCAGUCCGAGUUAACGGAGAAGAUAACAUUGGAAGAGGUCCCAAUGAUAAGAGUCUUCAACUCGUCAGAGAUGGUAAAAAUUGCUAUGUUGUGCACGAUUUUCCCUACAUUGAUGACCAUUAUAGGCAUACUUUCUUCUAUGGGGGUUCAGGUUGCUAA